UAAGCGCCAUGUUUGUUGAAAACGUAAACGGAAUAGAAAGCGGUGUUUUUUUUUGUUUAGACACUUAGCUGAAGUGUAAUGUACUCUGUGAUAAGAGUUAUGUAAAAAAACUCCAAACAGUUUUGUUUUGUUCUAAUUUGAGUUUAAAACCAAAUUAAAAUGGCUCUACCCAACGAGACAUUAAGAUCUUUUCACCUUUAUGUGACCCAUGUGGAUGGCGAGGGUCAUUUCCUGAAGAUCAGUGGUCAGCUCGACCAGCCUUCUUCGUUGAUGAUAGAGAGUUUGUUCGAUGGUGCUCGAGAAAGUUUGGAAAAAGGAGUGGGUGCCGUCCCACCGGCUGUAAUAACCGAAGGUAUUAUUUGUGCCGCGAAAUACAAAGAUGGUAAAUUUUAUAGAGCUAAGAUUAUUAAUAUAACUAACCUUGCCACUGGAUUGGUCGGUGUACAUUUCAUAGAUUAUGGAAAUAAGGAUAUAAUCUCUGUGAGCACUAUUAGAUUUUUAGAUACCUACGAUCCGUUGUUCUUACAAAUGCGUGGGCAGUCUUCGGACUAUUAUUUAUCUCGUGUAAUGCAUCCGUCAGGAAGGUGGGAAGAACCCUUACUACUAAAACUUCAAAGCUUACUUUGCAAUGCAGAAUAUCCUGCUACAACAGAACUAAACACCCGGACUUUACCUAUAAUAUCAAUACAAUUUAAAGGGAAUGAUUUAUCUUCUCAUCUUGUUACAAAUAGGUUUGGUAUAGCCCUGCCUCUAGUUAAACAAGAAGCAUUGUUGUUACAACUGUUAGAAAAACAGCAAAUGUCCAAUUGGCAACCAACAUUUUUGAAUGAAAGUCACUUUUCGGAACAUGUUCCAUUUCUGAUAAAUCAAAACUUUCCAAAUCCAGCAUCAGCUAUGCGUUUAAACCAAGGUAUGUCAUUGCCCAUUAAUGGAAGUUUUGUUCCUCCACCUAUAAAUCAAAGAUUAUUAAUUAACAAAGUCCCAAGAAACCAUGCCAAUUUAAAAGCUCCGAUUCGUCAACCACAUACUGCUGCAGCGUUGUCUCCUGCCUUGCCUGUGUCUGAUCAGCCCUCACCAGUAGCUGCCUCCAAACCUCCAUCACCAAAGAAGUCUAUAACAUAUAAAAGUCGGCUACUGGAAGUUAACUCACAACAUAAGGUGUUUGUCUCAUUUGCUGAAGAGGGCCCAGAGCUAUUUGCCGUCCAACUUGUGAGUGAUGCAAAGAAAUUACAAGACAUGAUGGAUGAAAUAAAUAAAAGACCUCACAGCAGCCUUAAAGAACCCCCAAUGAUUGGGACAGUGUGCUUAGGUAGGAUGUCAGGAGACAGAAUUAUAUGCAGAGCAAUUGUAAUGAAUCUAUCUGGUUCUCAAUGUAAAUUAUUCUUUGUUGAUUUUGGUGAUACAGAGAUGGUCUCAUACUAUGACAUAUUUGAUAUACCUGAAGAGUUUGUGAAGCCAAAUGUAUUUGCUUUGAGAUUCUGUCUGUCACAAGUAAAGAAGUUGGAGAAGGGUCCUUAUUUGAAUGAAACUUUUAAACAGCUUGUUAAUGGCAAAGUAUUAACAUUGAAAGUGGUAUCACCUGAAGGACCUCCUCUUAUUCAGUAUGGUGAGCUAUUCUUGGAUAACAAAAAUGUUCUAGACUUGCUCACAGCAAACAUGAAAGACCAGUUACAGUUCAAAUGGGUAGACUUGCUACCACUGGGCAACCGUAGAUCUGUAUUAGUUUCAUAUGUAGACAGUUGCUUAAAGUUCUAUGUUCAGCUAUCAGAUAAGAUUGAUGAGUUGAAUGCAGUUAUGGAAGCUGUGAAAGCCCAUUGUGAGAGUAAAUCAUCACCCGGUGAGUUGCCAGUAGGUGCAGCUUGCUGUGCCAGGUUCCCUGAUGAUGACAACUGGUACAGAGCUAGAGUGAAAGACACAAAAGGUAACAAAGUCAUAGUAACUUAUGUGGAUUAUGGGAAUGAGCAGGAAGUUAAUGUAUCAGACUUGAGAACCAUAACACCAGAUCUAAUAAGACUGCCAGCACAAGCACUAAAGUGUGCUCUAAAGGGUUAUGAGAAUAAAGCAAUUGAGACCAAAACAUCAAACCAGUUGGAAAUGUUGGCUUUGGAGAAGACAUUAAUGGCACACAUAGUUGGAAUGCUGUCAAGUGACACAAUGCUUGUCACUUUAGUUGACGACACUGUCACACCUCCGCUGGAUGUGGCACGUAGGAUGAAUCAGCUAUCACAGCCUAGAAGUGUUGAGGCUAAAGCAACGACACCUGUCCGUGCCGAUCCGCCGGAGAACUUCAGUUCCCCAGACAGCGUGUCUGAUGACGGCAGGAAAAAGAACUAUCGCCGGGAGAAGAGUUUCAAAGAAGAUCGUAGACCGCCGAAAGAAGGAAACGAAGAAUUUGGACAGAGAGGAAGCAGCUUUAGGGGAAGGGAACAUAAAGAUGGCUUCGAUCGGUCCGGACCAGGACGGCAUAGCGACAAGUUUGGCGGGAAACCAGAUAGAGGGGACAGACGUGGUAAACCUCGUGAGAACCACGUGGUGUCGCCGAGCCAGCCGACUGAUAACUGGGAUGAAGGUGCCGCGGCCGCGCACCCUCAGCCCCAACAACCCUCGCAGCCCUCGCACCCCCAGCACCAGCAACCCGCCUUCCAGCCACGACAGAACAAUAGGGAGUAUCAAAGGGAAAAUAAACCUAACCAAGACGAAUGGGAAGAGAAAGAUAAACCGAGAGAGAAUAGACGCGAAAAUCGCGGCGAUAGACGUGAUAAUUGGGGAGAUAAGAAAGAGAACUGGAAUCAAAAGAGAGAGUUUAGAGACAACAGGUCUGAGAGAGGAGAGAGAACUAGGAGCAAUUUCACGCCGAGAGACCGAGCUGAAAGAAGCGAUAGAUAUGGAUCCGAUACUGAUAAAAAAUCCGAUAAGAGUUUUCGUUCGCAAGACAGUAAUAAGGGAGAUCGCGCUGGACGCGCCCCGCCGUACAAGAGUAGAAGCAAAUUCACACAAGUUCAGUACAAGGAGCUCCCAGAUCCAGUUACCCUAGACACGCUAUAUGCUGAACAAACUAUAGAAGCGAACGCUCAACAUGAGGUCUCGGUAACAUGGAUCAUAUCGCCGGAGAAUUUUUAUACUCAAAUACUGUCGUUGCAGCCGAAGUUUCUUGAAAUGAUGCACUCGAUACCUGAACUAUACAAAGGCGUUAAAUCGUACACUGGGAUAGUGCCUGUAGGAGCGUCGGUCUUAGCUCGUUACCCCGCAGAUGGUGUCCUCUACCGGGCCACUGUGGUAUCCGUCCAGCCUUUCUCUAAAUUCAUAGUUAGAUACGUCGAUUUUGGUAAUAAGCAAUUAGUCGACGCGAAAGACAUUUGGCAGCUAGACAAGCAAUUGCUAGAAUUACCUAAAAUGGCAGUUCAUUGCUCUCUGGUCGGUGUAUCACCGAAAGAUGGUGAAUGGAAAGCGGACCCGGAGAUAGACCUGUGUUUCAAUGCGCCGCGAUAUCAAUGCGUGUUCCAAGAGAAUAUGGACGGCCAAUAUAAGGUGUCGCUGUGGAACAAUGGCGUCAGCGUCGCUGAUACACUGGUGGAGAAGCAGCUUGCUAUCCUGUCUGAACAUCAGUCUUCUGUUACAUUGAAAGACGAAGCUAUCGACCUGACGAUCAUCAUAGGUCAGCAGAUCCUCUGCCGCGUGACGCAUGUGGAAUCCUUGGACAAGUUCUACGUCCAACUCGACCUGGACAAGGCGGACUUGGUGGAGAGCGCCAUUGCCAACUUUGAUGUCAAUAAACUGACUCCUUUAGGCGCGGACAGUCUCGCGGAAGGUAUCCAUUGCACCGUCCGACACGAGGAGAAGAUAUACCGCGCGAUACUCAACGACGUGUCCGACACUAACAAUAUAAAGGCGGUGUUGCCAGACUACGGACAUUCUAUUACUACCUCAUUACAAAAUGUGAUGAUCCUGCCGACGGAGCUGAGCGUGUACUACUACCAGACGCUGGAGUGCGGGCUGCACAACUACAGCGGUGACGUCACCGCGCUCCUCGCGCUCGAUGACGUCAGAGCCCGACUCACCCACAACAAAUUCAUAAUAUACAUAAAUAGUGUUGAAGGAAUCAGGUUAUUAACAACACUAUACGACCCCUCUACUGGUCAAAAGAUAGCAAUCUUCGACGGCGACACCUCCGUACCAGUAGAUGUCCUCAUUGUUCUCAAAGAUAUUAUGACUUAUGUGGACAUUUAUGUUAAUGGCCAAAACAUAACCGAUAAACUGGUCUCAGAAGGUCAUGCCACAAGAUCUGAAGAGAAUGAAUGCGGUGACCUCCCCUCGUGCUUCGCCAGUCAUGUUAACUCACCUUCCGAGUUCUGGAUACAAUUGGAGACCGCUACGGCAGAACUGCAAGCCAUGGAGGCGGCGAUGGUAGAUGCAGAGAACUUCCCUGAACUUAAAGAGAGGGAGGAGGGUGUUAUCUGUGCGGCUAAGUAUCCUGAGGACGGCGCCUGGUACAGGGCGCAAGUGAUUGUUGAUGGAUCCGAAGGUACUGAGGUGCUGUUUAUGGAUUAUGGUAACGCGUCCAUUGCCAACGAAUUGCGAAGUCUUUCCGAUGAAUUGAAAGUCAAACCUGCCCUGUCCAGAAAAUGCGCGCUCCAGAAACCACGCGAUAUCAAAUCCUGGUCUCGCAAGUCGGAAAUAAAGUUCAACGAGUUGGCUGCGGAGGGAGCGACCAUUUUCAAUAUACAGUUCAUAGCUGCGGGAGAUAUUUCCAUAGUGGAACUAUACUUGGAAGGGAAGUCGGUAACGGAGGAGCUCGUCGGUCUGUGUGAGGAGCAGCCCAUGUCCGAAAGACCGACGCCUCUCGGACAAGACUUACAUACCAGCGGCAAAAUCUGUUACGUCCAUUCAUUAGAUGAAUUUUAUGUGCAGACUAAUGAAUCAGAUGCCGUCUUGGAUAAAAUAACGGAAGAGUUAUCUCAAGGUGAGGAAUUCGAGCAAGUUCCCGAUCUUAAAGUCGGGUCGGUUUGUGCGGCGCUGUGGGCGGAGGACGAGCAGUGGUAUAGAGCUAAAAUCUUGGAGUUCUGUGAUGUAGGUUAUCACGUGCAGUUUAUUGACUACGGAAACAAAGCUAAAUGCGAUACGUUUAGACAGUUGCCCGAGGAUCUUAGCAUUAUCGAACCCAUAGCUAAGUGUUGUCGACUCGCCAGCGUCUCUAAUGAGGAUGCAAAAGUGAAGCUAGAAGAAUUAGCCGCAGACGGAGCGACGACAUUCCAAAUAGAAUUCUUAGAUAGUUUAAAGGAACCGACGCUGGUCAAACUAUUAUUAGAUGGCAAAGACGUUUGUUCUAUAAUACUAUCUAGUACUAAUUUAAAAGAGAAAAUUGUCACAUCCGACAAAAUAGAAGAGGCUGUUGUAACUAGUCAAGAAGUAAUCGAAGAAGAAACGGUUGCCGAGCCAGUUGUUGAAAAAGUAGAUAGCGAUAAGAGUAUAGAAGAGGAAACAGUUAGCACUACUUUAGAUACGUCGGAACAUAAAUCUCCAGAUCUCAGUGAGAGUGUAGCGAGUAAUAGUCCAGUAGAGGAGAACAAAUUAGAAGCCAAUGAUAAUAAAAAUGUUAAUGAAAGUGAAACACGGGACCAAAUAUCGUCUAAAAUUGAUAGUAGUGUAGAAAAAGUUGAAAAUAAAAAUGAAUCUACGAAGACGGUAAGCAGUGAAUCGAAUAAUUCUACUUCUAAUGGUGACACUUCAUUACCUUCGACUCCCGUGAAAGCGGAGCCUGUUGUAGAGAAAACAGAGACCAAGGAAGAUUUAAAGGAAUCUAAAUAGAAAUAAACUGAAUGUAUGUUGAUUUACACUAUUUCUAAUUAUACGCUCUUUUGUGAUAGACUAACUAAUCUUAUGACUGCAUUUGAGCAAUAUAGAUAGACUGAAUGACUGAGUGACUGAAUGUGAUGUACGAUUCUAUUCGUAUCAUAUAUUUCUGAUUAUUAUUUUGUAAUUACUCAAUAUUUAAAAUGUCUGUUUUGUUAAGGUUUUGUUUGAUUUUUCGUAAUGAUUGUUGCCCCUAGUGAUAUACGAAAGUUACUUACAUGCUAUUACAUAUAUAAGGACUGUUAAUAAUUGUUUCUAUAUUUUAUUUAACUUUGACGAAAAUAUUAAAAAAAAAACUUUUUUUUCGCUUAUUUCCGGAUUUCGUAUGAAUACUCGUAUUAUUUGCUUUAAUAGCUUUCGAAGCUAACUUGUCUAUUGUUAGUUUUUAAGUUUUUUUUUUUUUACUUUUAUUUUGCAGCUCCUUUGUAGUAAUGUUUAACAUUCCCGGUGAUUUUUUUUUGUUUAAAAUUAAAAGUUAUGUUUCCAGAGAGUUACACUUUAAUAUUUAAUUUUUUUUUCAAUAUAAUUGUCAUAAAAAAUAAAUAAGCAAUGUAUCCAAAUGGUUACGGAGGUAUUUAAACUCGGUUUAAAACGAUUUCAGUUUUUCAUAUUUCAUGUAUAUUUUAUGUUCGCAUAUUGUUUAGUUGUUGC